CUCCUCAUCAAAAAUUUCUUGGACUAGGAUAUGAAUUGCUUUCAUACAGUGACAACUCAUUAAAUAAUAUUUAAGUAGUUAAUCGUAUUCCUAUCAUAUAUUUAUUUAGCGGCUAUUCUCUAUCGUUCCGACCGUUCGUCACCUCAUAUCAAGUACGAAGUUGAAUGGACUCAACUUUGGUCUGUGCACCACCUCCAGUCCUCCGUUUAGUGAAGUCUCCCGCCGUAAUCGAAAAUUUUCUUUUUCCAUUUUUGUAGAUGUCAAAAGAAGAGUGUACGUGAGGAAAGUAGUUUUGAUAAUCUUAUAUGGAUGAACCUGUAAAAUCACAAUAGGGUACAAUCGUAGAGGACAAAACUUGAUUCGAAAUUUUCGAAUGCGAUGGUGGUAGAACUGUUUGUUAUUUGAGCAUGCGCAGAUUAUACGUAAAGGCACGGUAUGUUGAGAUAGGGAGAUGGCGUGUGUAAUUUUCUAAUUUUUAAUUAUCAGUUUUUUUCCGCGGAAUGUGUCUUCAGUUCUUAUAAUUAUGCAAGUAGGUGUUAGCUUUACGAGAAGUUUUCUUUGUAGUUGAUUUUAAGUGAUGUGUACCCUUACCCUCACGUUGCAUUCUCCCGCGGGUGCUGAACCUGUUUCAUACACUUGGCCUUUGACUUCAGGACGAGGAAAUGAUAAACAUGAUGGUGCACUUGAAAUUGUUGAAACGAUACGUUGGGUAUGUGAGGAUUUGCCACAACUUAAACUGCCAUUGGAAAAUAAUAUACUAUGUGACUAUGAUACAAGAGACUAUGAAAGUAUGAAAAAUUUAUGUGAUCGCUUCAAUAAAGCAAUUGAUAGCCUGGUUGCCUUGGAGAAGGGUACAUCACUGCCAGCUCAAAGACUUACGUAUCCUUCCCGGGGGCUCUUGCGCCAUAUUCUCCAGCAAACUUACAAUGCUGCCGUCACAGAUCCAGAAAAACUUAACCAAUAUGAACCCUUCUCACCUGAGGUUUAUGGUGAAACUUCUUAUGAUUUAGUUUGCCAAAUGAUCGAUCAAAUCGAGAUAACUCCAGAUGAUGUGUUCAUUGACUUGGGUUCUGGAGUUGGUCAAGUUGUUCUACAGAUGGCAGCUGCUACCCCUUGCAAGAUUUGCUUUGGGGUUGAAAGAGCGGAAGUUCCUAGCCGCUAUGCUGAUUCCAUGAAUAAGAACUUCAGGGCCUGGAUGAGGUGGUACGGAAAGAAGUAUGGAGAAUAUAAACUGAUAAGGGGUGAUUUCCUGACCGAAGAGCACCGUGAGAAAAUAAAUCAAGCCAGCAUUGUGUUCGUUAAUAAUUUUGCCUUUGGUCCUACUGUCGAUCAUCAGCUCAAAGAGAGAUUUGCAGACUUGAAAGAUGGCGCUCGUAUAGUAUCUUCGAAGAGUUUCUGCCCUUUGAAUUUCCGGAUAACAGACAGAAAUUUGAGCGAUAUCGGUACAAUAAUGCAUGUGUCAGAGAUGACACCUAUGAAGGGUUCUGUAUCAUGGACAGGAAAGCCAGUUUCUUAUUAUUUACAUGUUAUCGAUAGAACCAAAUUAGAGCGGUAUUUCCAACGUCUCAAGAAGCCCCAGUUGAAGAAUGGUGAAGAUGAAAAUUCGAAUAGUAGAAGUUCAACUAGAGAUCGUUCAAGAAGGGAUUUAUCCAAACCAUUGCCCCCAGAGUCAUCGUCCGAUUCUGAUUUUGACGAUCAAGACAGCAGUUAUGGACCAACUACACGUAAAGCUUGGUCGGAUUACUGUUCCAAUAAAGGGAAGAGCAGCCAGUCUGAAGAUGAUAGCAAGAGCCAAACCAAAAGGCAACCUAAAAAGUUGAGGAGGAAGGCAUCAAGAACCAAUAAUAGCAAAACUUUGCAAGAAAAACAGAAUGUUCAACAGAAGGCUGUAUCGAAACCCCGCCGCGGAAGGAUGAAGAAAGCCAAAACCAAGAAAGCCCUGAAAAUCAAUGGUUUGGAUCUUCUUCAUAGCCAAACUCUUCUCAGUACGUCUCCUCAAGCAAUAGGUAAAAAGCCUCCUCCUGCUCCUGGUUGUGUGGAUCAACAACUGACCGCCCUGAGCACAGAAUUGGUGCAUAAUGAAUUGGAUAUUCCUCCAGAACCAGAGAAUACUCCUUACAGCCUCCAAAUUCUGCUGGAUAUGUUCAGAGAUCAAUAUGCUUCUAUGAUAAAUCAGAUGAAACAGCCCAGUUACAAGAAAUCUAUUGAAGUUAACAUAAAACAGGAGAAAGACAUCAAUCAGAAGUUACAAAAUAGGGCUGCACAGUUGGAGAAGCAAAUAAAAGUUUUGAUCGAUGACAGUGUUGCGUUGCUGAAGGCUAGGAUGAAUGAGUUGGGUAUAAACGCCAGUUCUCCAGUGGAUCUCCUGGCGAAAGCUAAGGAAAUAGUGUGUCGUCACAAAGAACUACAAGCUAAAGCCAGUAAACUGCAGGUGCAGGUUGCGAAUUUGGAACAGGAGCAGAGUAACCACGUCGUUCAAAGGCAACAAGAAAUUGUGAAGAAAUAUUCAGGACAAGAGGGAGUCGCCCACGAUUUAUCUCCGAACGCUGCUCACGAAUACAUCCUGCGAGAAAUAUCUGCCACCUUGGCUCAUCGGAAGAAGUUGCACAACCAGGUGUCCAAACUGGAGGGUGAUAUUGUUAACCUGGAGAAAUCUGCGGAGGACAGGAAGCAAGCUCAAAUAAUGGCAGCCAGACAACAGCCGCUACCGUUGAAAGUAUCUAGAAAAUCACGGGAUUACAGGGCGCGUUCUCAAGAUUGGCCGGAGGUUCCGGAUAUUGCCAAGAUCGAAGAGCAAAAUCCGGAAAUAUUGGCGCAGAAGAUCCUGGAAACUGGUCGCAAGAUCGAAGCCAGCAAAAUGUCCUCGAAUAAAGUGGUUCAUAUCGCGAACAACGGCCGUUCCUCGUCGUUCAACAACAGGGGCGUACUAAGGAGUAACAUGCCGGCCCCAGCUCACACGUCUAAACGACUGAAAACGUCCCACAACUCCGGCACAACGUCGUCUUCGAGCAACAAUAAGCCGCAUUACAAGAACAAUGAACCCCUGAAGAUUCAGAACUUCGAGGAUCGCUUGAAGAGCAUCAUCACUUCCGUUCUGAACGAAGACCAGCAAACGAGGACGAAGGCACAGCCGCAACAACCGUCGAUGAAUCAUCAAACGCAACAAAAUUAUUCAUCUCCCUUAUUCCCGCCUCAGACGAACUACCCGCCACACACUUACAACGGGUACACGAACGUUUGCGUGCCCAAACAGGAAGAUGCUGGUAAAUAUAACGGCGCGAAAGCUCCCAUGCGACCCCCCAGCGACGAUCAUCGCACUUAUUCCCGUCAAGACGGGGGGAUGAUGGAGGAGGCUCCGAAAAAUUCCCCGCAAAUUGCGAGAUCGGCGAGUGGAGAACAGCCGGAUUACACGCAGGUGUCCCCAGCUAAGUUAGCCUUGAGACGUCACCUAUCCCAGGAAAAAUUGCAAGCUCAACACCAAUCUUUCGUUCAGCCGGAUGGUAUCAUGGCCACUAGGACGAUCGGGGAUUUGAUGUCUGGCGAAAUCGAGCGAACGUUGGAGAUUUCCAAUCAGUCUAUCAUAAACGCGGCCGUCGAUAUGAGCGACAUCCAAGGAACGACCACGUUGACUUCCAGGUCCGUCGUGAAUGUCAAUUUACCCCCUCGGCCCGAAAGGGUGAACGUGAAGGCGCAUAACAACGAGCUGAGUCAGACCAAAGAAUCAGAGCCUAUGAGACAGGUGUACAGUCCUAUUUCGAGGCCUUCAUCAACUGAGGGGUUGGAGGGUAUAGGUUACGCUUACAACAAAGUCAAUACGCAUAACAUGCAGAAUUACAGUGCUUCACAGCCGGCAACGUCCCCCAGACCAGUGCAAUAUUCGCCAAGGACGACAGUGUUAUACCCUCCACCGAACCAAUCGAGACCGAACUCAGCCUCUUACCCCGCAGAUUAUACACCGUCAACUAGGAUGGAGAUGAAACCGUAUCAAGAACCUUACAUGAACGACGUGAAGCCGCACCUCAAUUUGGACAACGAAAAUACGUUCGUAGCCGAAGGUUUGGCAGCCAGCCUGCAGGCCAGAGUGUUGAACGGUUCGCAGAUCAAAGAAGAAACCGACAUGUAUGACCGAAGGUCCUACAACACCCCUUCUGUACCUCUGUAUCAGGAAAACGUUAAGAGCGAGGGUACCACGAAUGACUGUCAGUAUAAACGAGAGUCUCCCCUCAUUCAGAACCCAGUGAGAAGUGUCCCCAAAAGGACCGAGUAUAAUGAACCUCAGGUCAUCAAAGAAACCGUGCACGAAGCUCAUCCUAAUACUUCUGCCCCCACAGAGCCGACGUCGGAUAGAACAAGGAAAUGCCCUGAUGAAGCGGAUGUUGAAAUAGAAGAAGAGGCCGAAGAAUCGAAAUGGCAAGAUCGAAUAAGCUCCGGUUUCGAUCGUCUGGUGGCGUUCGCGUCAACGGAGCUGGACAAGCGAAGGCGAUCAACUGAAGGUAACGAUAGUUGUAACACAUCUCCAGACUCUGGUAUUGGACACAGUGGUGAUCUCACAACUGUCGUACAGCCAGCGCCAACUAAACAAGUAAUAAAAAUGAAUACUAAUCCAAAGCCAACCCUGUUCAAAAUGCCAAUAAGCAAAGCAUAUCAUUUAGAGAGUCCACCGAUCGGUGACAAUAAUUCGGAAGAAAUCGGACCCCCGAGAACCCCUUCACCCUCGUCUCCUCCGAAUGUACCCAUAUCGUACAGUCCUGACCAAAGUUACGUAGCGGAGAACAACGUGACCCGUUUGAAUCCGGCUCUGUUGAAAUAUCAACGUCACACCGAGGACAGGAAGCACAGGCACGAUCAGCAUUACAAGAAGAAGUUUUACUAUAGGGAACAGUGGAGACACGACUGGCAGCGAAAUUCUGAACCGGUCAGGGAUAAAUUCCGUCCAAAAGGUAAAGAUUGGGACUGGAAUAGAGACCAGAAUAACUACCACCUGGAAGAUUGGCAAAACGAUUCGUACUCAUGGCGUCAUUAAUCAAUUUCUCGCCAUUCAAAGAAGCACUGGAACGAAAUAGACAGGGGAUUACUGUAAAAAUUCGCUUGUAUUUUUCCAAUUCUCCCCGCCACCACGCUUAAAGUGUUCAUGGUAAGGUACAAAGGUUCAAUUUCAAAUCCUGUGUGAAACUGUUGAAUAUUGGGAUACUGAAAUACCAGUCGAGCUUUUUCACUUGAAUUUUUUAAGCUUCACACCAAUUAUUGGUAAUUUUACAGGAAAGCUCCUACACAAGGUUAUCGUAGAAUUCAGCAAUGCAAACCUAAGCUAUGGCAAAACAUCUCCCUACAUUCUCUAAAUUAUCAGAGUAGUUAGAUCCGGAUGGGUUACGCAUACCGUUUCCUUUUUCCCUCUCUCCAGGUGUAGUGUUUUCCUGUACAAUUAUCAUAGGAGUCUUGGUGCUCUGGUGUCUGUUAUGUGAUAAAAAAUCAUUAUUGUUACUCAUAAUUUGUCUUAUAGGAUCGAAGUUGACAUUGUUUUUUCUUUGUUUGUGGUCUCCGGAAGUAACGAAACCUUUUCUGACAUAAUGUACCACACUGUUGUCAUAUAUUUUAUUUAUAAUUUAUUUUACCAUGGAAUUUAUUGAAGUUUUGAGUGCUUUUGCAUGAUCGUUAUUUAUUUAUUUAUGAAGUUAUUUCAUUUUCAAGAAGACCUCAGUGCUCUAGUUAUAUUGUUUGUAACCCUGAAUACAUUUCAGUAUCUCCCUCUCUUAUUGUAAGAUUUCUCAUUGUUUUUUUUUCUUUUCGAUUUUCCAAGUUUCACACAUGACCUUGAAGUUUGUUUUAUACAGUUCAGGUUUGGACUAGUGAUGUAGCUAAAAGCAUGGAAUCCAACUGUAAUGGGCAUAUUCCAAAUUUCUUCCUUGAUAUUUUUGUUAAAUUUCAUCAUGUGGCAAUAUGCUUCAACACUAUAGUUGAGGGAAGAGGUUGAGUAAAGCAAUACCUAAAAUCAUGUUAGCCCAGAAUUUAUCCAAAAAUGUCUUGGAUUCCGGCCUUAGAAGCUUUUUCUUCUGGAAAGGAAGCUUUUGUAGGUUUGGAGUGAAUUUAGAAAAUUUACUUUCAAGGGGGAAUGUCCCUUGAAGUUAUUUAUUAUUUGAAUAGAAAACCGCGUCAUUUCCUACUUACUCUUAACAAAUUUCUUUCAAUAUUCUAUUCAAUUUUUGAGUGAGCUACUCCCUGUAAAAUGUGUAUAUAAAAAACAUAUGAACCGUGUCUUGAAUAGGCUUCUCUGUUUCUAAUCAAUGACAAUGAUUUAGAAAUAAGUUCAGUUAGGGCUAUAUUAACUUAACAUUUGUAAAUUUUGAAGAUAGUUUUUUCUAAUUCAGAAUCAUUGUAUAGUAAUUCGAAUUAAUGAUUUGCCAAAUGUUUUCUGUCGAUUAUGCAAUAAUUUUUGACAAUUCCAAUCCAAAGUUAAAACUGAUAUGUUCGGAUACUAAACACUGCCCCCUCAUGGAAUCUCAUUGUAUGCUUUUAACUUAUUUUAAUUUUAUAGGAAAAUAUUUAUCUUUACUGCUGUAACAAAAAUAUUUAGUUUUAACAUUUAGUGUAAAUAUGAACUUCUUUCUUCAGUACAAGUAAUUUACAAUGCGAAGAUGUUAAAAUUAGAAAAUUUAUUGAACUUUUUAUAAUUUAUAUAAUUGGCAUCAGAGUUUAUACUUUCAAUUCAACCUGUACUCUUUUUGUCAGGUAUGGUUUUAUCUAUUUAUCCUUCUUUGGGUCCAACUUUGAAUUUCCCUGUCAUUAAUUAUUGCUUGACAUUAUUCACAAUUUCUAAUAUUCAAAACAGAGUGAUAUAAUGAAAUUUUUAUACAAGAGAGAAAUGUACAUAAAGGCUGUCUAGAUCAUUCUUUUAGUGAUUAUUAUUUCUAAUUUUCGAAUCCUCUGUAUUGAAGAUAGAAAAUGUGCACAGUUUCUGGAGGUAUUCAAACAUUUGCAUCUAAUAAAGAUGUUGAAUCAGUGAUUUUUUAUAGCCCUUUUAAUCCAUUUCACACAAUUUUUUUCUAUUAUUAUUUUCCUUGUGCUGAAAUUUUUUUAUUUGUUCCUUUUUAUUAUAACAACUCAUGUGCAAAAAGUUGCAACACUGUUUUCAGUUGAACUUAUAAUUCAGACUUUGAUGUGGGUGGAAGUAAGUUCCCAUCAUUUAGAAAAUGAUAUUGUAAGACAUGAACUUUAGUGAAAUUUGGUAGGUAACUGAUGGGCCACUUUUUUAAGUGAAAUUCUAUGCUUAAAAUUGGGGUUGAAAAAUUGAGUGAUAAUAUUGUACAAUAUUUUAUUUUAGUAUCUUCCAACGUUUAAUUAUUAUUAUUAUUAUCUUUGAUAGUACAAUCGGGGUAAACCAAAGUAUUCAUAAUAUUUUCGACUGCUAAAUUUCAGAAAAUUUGAGGCUGGAAUCACUUACAUUGUGUAGUACAUCCACUGUUUAGGUAUAUUUAUAAUUAAGUAUAGACUUGUUAGAUUGUGAAUACUAAUUUUUGAUGUGGAUGAAAUUGAGAAUGAUCUAAUCGAAAUCUAAUAUAAGUAUACAGAUACUGCCAAUACUUGAUUAAAAACUUACAUGUA